GUGCCUGGGUGUGCCUGACCAGCUGCACCCCCGAGCAGAUAACUGAGAGUCCCCUCGGGGUUUAUGACAUGCCAAUAGAAAGUCUGGAUUAAUGGAUUACCAGCAUCAUGCUGGAGGAAGUCUUUAUAAAGCUCUGACUGCUGGGCACUCUGAGAGCUCAGGGGAAGUCAGAGAGACACAAAAAAGGCCAAAGAAAGGCCAAAGACAGAGGAAAUAAAAUCUGUCCAGUUCAGGGGAGGCUUGGUUUGCAGGCACCAUGAAAAGCUUUCUUUCCUGGACAGUCCUGGCAGUCCUUGUCCUGGUGCACCUCUCCCAGGCAGUCUAUGUUCAGGAUGGAGACUUGAAAUUCCCCCUGGAGUCUGUGAAGAAGCUGAAGGAGCUCAUGGAUGGCAGCAGACACAUCAACCCUCGCAUGAUGGUGCCCAUGGCCAGCUAUUCCCCAUGCCAGGAAAAACUCCUCCCCGAGGAGUUCAGGCCAGUGUGCAAGAGGGAAGAUGCACCCAUGAUUUUCAGGAGGCUGAGCCUGGCUGCUGAGGACGACCUGUGUGAGAUCUGUGCCAAUGCUGCCUGUGCUGGCUGCUUCUGAGCAGGUGGGAAAACCCACAAAAGACACGUCCAGCUGGGAAGUUUGUGCAUUCCUGUGGCAAGAUCACGUGCUUUCACCAAUCAAAUUCCUGGGCUUCACCUCCCACUGCAGCUGCCAGCUCAUGGGGACGUUCCUGCAGUCCUGCAGCACCUGGAUUCAGCAGCAUCUGAAUUGCAGAUCUGCCAGCAAGGGGGCUGGGACUCCUCUGAGGGGUCCCAGUGCUGCAGGAGUUGGGUGACACUGGAAUGGAAAUGCCCUGGGUGUCAUUUCCCACUAUUUUGCCUGGGUUUGAACACGCUGGGUGAAACUCAGCAUCCCCUGCAGCCUUUUGAAUGGCUAAUAUUUAAUGUCCAAUAAGUAGUGUCUAAUCAUUCAUAUCAUUAAUGUCACAAUGCCUGUGAUUUGGCCUCCCCUACACCAACAUGACUGGGUUAUCCCCUUUCUCAGCCCUCCUUCCCAGGGGGUUGGAUCCCUUUCCCUCCCACCUGUCUGCAGGUGACACCUCUGAGUCUGUAGCAGAACUGCAACAAGAAACUCGAGCUGAGCUCUGGUGCUGGGCAGGAGUGCCAGGUGUUUUCUGGCAGCCAGAAAUCAGCUGUUCCUUGUACUGAUUGUUGUUGAUUUGGGGAAUGGGUGUAGAGGAGCACAGGAACACUUCUUCACUGGCUGGAUAUCAAGGUUCUUUAAACUCUCUUUGAGAGAAAGGAAUUCCAAAGUGCAGUGCUAGAAUCACACUGAAAUGAAAGCAUUGUUGUUUAUUUAUUGGUGGCAAGAUUGUGAGGAAAUCAUCUGUCCAUGUUUAUAUGCUGUACAGGCAAUAAAAAACGAGUAAUAAUUUGGAUUUUUUUUUUGUUUAUUUGUUUGGUUUGUUUGUUAUUGCUGGGUUUUGGGGUGGAUUUUGUUUUACAAGACUCUUCUUGCCUCCUUGCUUUUUCCCCAUAUAAGGCAUUUCAUGUCUGUGGCUUCCCUGAAUAAAAUGUAUCUUUUAACAAUUUUAUUUUAACAAUAAAAUAUAUCUUUUAACAAUGUCCUGAAAAUGAACUUAAAACUGUCACUGUCAUAUUUUCUGAAAAAUCCCUUGGCCAGGAUUUCUUCUCCUGGGAAGCUGAGAAGCCUCAGGGAAGAAUGAAAACAGUAAUUAUCUGAUUGCUUCUCCUGUGUUUUGCUGCUUUGGAAUGUGGUUGGAGAUUGUUUAUUCAAUGUGUGAAUUGUUUUUACUUAAUGACCAAUCACAGUCCAGCUGUGUUGGGACUCUGGAAGCAGUCAUGAGUUUUUAAUUAGUACCUUGUUACACCUUCUGUAAGUCUCCUUUCUCUAUUCUUUAGUAUAGCAUUCUUUUAUAUAAUAUAAGAUCAUAAAAUAAUAAAUUUGC